AUGGCCGCUCUUGACGCCGCGGCUCGCGCCCGUAUGCCACACAACGUCGUUGCCUAUCGCGACAUCUACACCGAGGAGCAUGACCACACCGCACGUCCACCUAUUAACCGUCGUGUCACGCUCAACUCCUCGACGCCGUUCACCCCGACUUACGUCAAGGAGCUGCUGGCGGGAUCUGCAGAUCCUUCUCAACUCUACACCAGCCGCGUUCAGGGACGUCAGAUCCUCCUCGAGAACCCGGUGCGCCAGAGCAAAACCAGACAGGAACGUGCAGAGAAGAAAGCCAUGCGGCUCGCAGGGAAGGCUAAGAAGCAGGCCAGAAGUAUCGCACCGCGAACUGCUCGGAGAAACGGUCUCUGGAGACUACAGCCCGAGGAGAUGAAAUUUGAGCUCUUUGUGCCCCUCCACCAGUUAUGGAUGGGUUAUAUGUCAGAGCUUCUUGCUCUUGCGCCCGCACCAGCGACCCCUAUCACCCAAUUUACCUCCCAUGCGGUUCCGAGUGCCGCAGCGAUGCAUCCCAAACUGGUCAAAGCAGACUACCACGGCUCCCUCAUGACCGUGCGACAGAGCAAAAACCCAUGUCUUGUCGGCCUAUCCGGAAUUGUCGUACACGAGACCGAAAACACGUUUAAAAUAAUCACUCGAGAAGAUCGGCACAAAUUGAUCCCGAAGCAUAACACCAUCUUUUCGUUUGCCGUUCCGCUUUAUUCCACCGAUGCUCCGACAGCCUCAACGGGAGCUGAUCGCACGGUCUUUGACUUACCACAUAUAGAGUUUGAACUUUAUGGUAAUCAGUUCUGCUUCCGAGCAGCUGAGCGCGCGGGCCGAAAAUUCAAACACAAAGAGACGAUUGGACUCUGA